AUGAAAGAAAAAAAAAGUACGUUGCCUGAUGAUGGAAAUUCAAUCGAGGAAUCCGGUGACGAGGGGGAUGAUACUUCUAGCAUUGCCAGCACGUCUACUACAGAUGCCAGAUCCAGAAGCGUGACACCCACUGCCCGUAGAGGCCGAGGUGGCAAAAAACGCGCCAGCAACUCCCUCAAAGUGCUCAAACCCAUUUACAAAUACACAUGUAGCAUCAAAGAGGAUCACGGACAGCCCUUAUUUGGGGCUCAAUUCAAUCAUCACCUCAAAGAGGGCCAACCGGUGAUGUUCGCUGCCGUUGGUAGCAAUCGCGUGACUGUUUACGAAUGUCCUGAAGCAGGAGGGAUUAAAUUGGUUCAGUGUUAUGCAGAUCCAGAUUUGGACGAAAAUUUUUAUACUUGUACUUGGUCUUAUGAUGAAGAUAUUGGGAAGCCCUUAUUGGCAGUUGCUGGUGCUAGAGGUGUUAUCAGAAUUCUAAAUCCAGCCAUAAUGACUUGCAUAAAACACUACAUUGGACACGGACAUGCAAUAAAUGAGCUCAAAUUUCAUCCAGUUGAUCCUAAUUUGUUGCUUUCAGUGUCUAAAGAUCAUUCCUUAAGAUUAUGGAAUAUUAAAAGUGAUGUGUGUAUUGCGAUUUUUGGUGGCGUCGAAGGGCAUAGAGAUGAAGUGCUUAGUGCCGAUUUUGACUUAUUAGGAAACAGGAUAAUGUCUUGCGGUAUGGAUCAUUCCUUGAAACUUUGGCUUUUAGACAAGGAUUAUGUGAAAGAGGCCAUUAAGCAGUCAUAUAACUGGAACGCUGCUAGGAAUUCUAGGCCUUUUGAUACUUUGAAAGAGCAUUUUCCUGAUUUUUCUACAAGAGAUAUUCACAGGAAUUAUGUUGAUUGUGUGAAAUGGUUGGGGGACUUUGUAUUGAGCAAAUCUUGUGAGAAUUGCAUUAUUUGCUGGAAACCGGGCAGACUCGAAGAUGAUCAACUGAGAAAAGGUGAAACCACAUCUACGAUUAUUCAUAAAUUUGAAUAUAAGGAAUGCGAAAUUUGGUUUAUCAGAUUUGCGAUGGACUUUUGGCAGAAAAUUCUUGCUCUUGGCAAUCAAACGGGCAAAGUAUUUGUAUGGGAUUUGGACGUUCCCGACCCGGCUCAAGCAAAAUGCCACACCCUGCAACAUCCUAGAUGUACCACUGCCAUCAGACAAACAACUCUCAGCAAAAAUAUUCUUCUAUAUGUCUGCGACGAUGGUACCAUAUGGAGAUGGGACAAAAUAGCCUAA